AUGUUUCCAAUAAUGUAUUUGAUUUUACUGCAUAUUAUGAUAGCCGUUACCAGUUCUGAACAAAUUCAUAUUUGUGCCACAAGUAUUGAAAGCUUGAAUGACAAACAUAUAGGUUCCAAAAUCAGCUUGGAUAAUAAUGAAGAUGAUAGUAUGAUUUGGAUGCCUGAUAAAGUUUACAAAAAAAUAUUACACUAUUCUAAAGUAUGCGGCUUGACAAGUUGUAUGAAAUUAGGUGGAAUCGUACAAGGCAAAAGACUUGACAAAGGAGGUUGUCCAAGUCAUCUAAAGUUUUGUUAUGACGAGGAUAUUAACCCCACGGCAUCGGAUACCACGAUUGCUCUAGUUUUAGAGGCUGAUAAAGGUGAACUUGGUUCGGGGUUUAUUAUGGUCGAUCAUAAAUCUAGGGUCAUUACAGUAGUAUUCAGAAGUUCUACGACAACACAGGAUUGGAUAAGUGAUUUUACAAUUUUACCAAUAGAUUAUGCUCCAGUAUGUAGCAAAGAAUAUAAAUUGGGCAUUGAUAGAGGAACUAUUAAGGAGUGUCGAGAUUGUAAGAUGCAUAGAGGAUUUCACGUAUUCUCCAAAACACUCAGUAGACAUUUCCUGAAAAAGAUUGAAGGAAUACUUGAGGAUUAUCCAGAUUUCCGUGUGAUUGCCACAGGUCAUUCGCUGGGUGCUGCUUUAGCGAUCAUGACUGGAAUUGAACUGAAGCUUCGAGGAUAUGACCCAUUGGUAUUAACGUAUGCUUCACCUAAAAUUUUUAAUACCGAAAUGCAAGGAUGGGUUAACGAAUUGUUUGGCACGCAUGAAAUACAUGAACAGAUAAUCGAAAAGGGAGAAAUGUUCCUGAAGCAGGGAUAUUUUAGGGUUAUUCAUGACGAUGAUUAUAUACCUUUAUUACCACCAUUCUACCAUACAGCAGGGAUUGAAAUAGUUAUAGAAAAGAGGAAUUUACCUCAUGAACAUCAGGAUCUCUGCUAUAACGGACCUGUAGAAAAAGCUAAUAUCAUUACGCCAAGCAUGCUUGGUGAAGAUUAUGUCGAUCAACUCUUACAUACUUAUGAGCAUAGAUCAUAUUUCAUUGAUAUGGGUGCGUGUGCAGGUUAUUGA